AUGGAACCGCCAGGCGGGAGAGACUCCCGAUUUAACCUGGGCUACAGCAUGAAUCUUCUAAGUGGUGAAACACCCCCAGAGAUUUACGGCAACCCGAAUCUCGGCAGGCCGUCCACUAGUUUGCAGCAGUUAUCUCCGAGACAUACGAUGGUGUCAAGUGCUUGUGGUGCUCAAAGUAUGAAAGGGCGCGAUGUGUGCUAUGACGAGAGGGGCAUGACCCCUCAGGGGCUCGGUUUAGAAGCUUGUGGUGUGAACGAAGUGUCUGAAGACACCUACAACUCGUUGCAAUCGAAAAAAUCGCCGCCGAGUAACGGCAAGAAAACCAAAGGACGAGUCAAAAUUAAAAUGGAGUAUAUAGAGAACAAAUUACGACGAUACACAACGUUUUCUAAACGAAAAACUGGCAUCAUGAAAAAGGCGUACGAACUGGCAACGCUAACGGGCACGCAACUGAUGUUGCUGGUGGCGUCAGAAACGGGUCACGUUUACACAUUCGCCACCCGCAAACUGCAGCCGAUGAUAACAAGCGAGGCCGGCAAAGCCCUGAUCCAAACGUGCCUGAAUUCGCCCGAUCCGCCCGCCGGCGCGUCGUCCGGCGGCGAUCAGCGUAUGUCAGCGAUGGGCUUCGAGGAAACCGAAUUGACGUACAACAUCAGCGACGAGGAUUCCAAAGAAGAAAAUAACGGUUCACCCAUGGAUUCCAGUUUCGAAAGCAGUGACGAGGAAACUGCCGAGAUAGAAGUAAAACCAGAGGUGUCCCUGUAUUUUCCACCAAAACCGGCUCAAUCCCCUAAAACUUCCUCCUCGCAAUCGACAAGUAAUAGUAGUAGUAGUAAUAAUAAUAAUAAUUCUUCGGCUACAUUAGCCACAAUUGCCCAUCCUUCAUCUCAUACAGUCACUACUUCUACGAUAACUUCCUCCUCGUCGGUAUCAUCUUCGGAACAAAGCAAAUCCACGCUAACGACAACCACUCCGUCAACUACGUCACAACCACCCCCUCUAAUAUCCGCGCCGUUGCUUUACCAGACACCGCAGGGGAUGAUGUACGCAGCUCAUUCAAACGGAGGAGUCAUUUUUAGUUUGGCACAGGGUAAUUCCAGCCAACCACCGCAGUUCAUCACGAUUCCGUUGUCGUUGAUGGCGAAUAACGGUCAGGAGUUGGAUCUAUCGAAGCGGAAGUGACGAAAGGAGGUUGUUUCCGCCAUCGUAUCGCAGGUAGCCACCGUUCGAUCAAUCUUUUCCUUCCUUUUUCACGUUGUCUUCCUCAGCUCGACCACGUCUUUUCUACGUGGCUUCCGCAUAGAAAGAAAAGUAACGUAGAACGUAGAACUUCGACAAGGUACAUACAAUAUUAUCAUUACUUACUACACUACUGUUGUUUAUUAUUUAUUUAUUAUGCAUAUAAUAUUAUCCACGCAUAGCAAGACGCACAACACAAACAGAAAACGUUACACUAGUAAUGUCGUUUGUGUGUCACGUACGUGUGCUAUUUAUUUUUCGUUUGCUAUGCGAUCCGCGCGAUUCCGGCAAUUUUUUUGACCCGGAAACGGAACGACUUCGCGCGGCUCUUGCACCGAACGGUAUCCGGUCAAAACAAUUUGCGUGUAUCUAUUGUCAAAUUGAAUGACAAAAUUUAUCGGAGUUACUUGCCAAAGCGCCUAAGUGGUGGCAAUGAAUCUGUAUGAGACCUACAACAACUGCGAAUUCUAACUUUAAGCAUGUUUGGGAGGUACAAUCGGAGACAGGAGUACAUAAAAUUAGAAAUUCGAGAUUAAUUAAAUCUCAAAUGUAGCAU